GUCCACGUCCACUGGGACUGAGGAAAAGUCCGAAGCUAAGGAACCAAGGCGUUCCUGCCUCUCCAAGAAACAGGCUGGGGACGCGAGGAUCCCUUACCUUAGGCAGGCCGCGGCAGCACCCUCUACUUCCAGACCACGCCCUCUGACCACGUGAUCCACGGGCUCUUCUCUUAGAUCCCCGGAUGUGGGUGAACCCAUUUGCUGGCGCGGAGGGGAAGUCAGGAAGAAGACAUUUUUUCAAUUACAAGUGAGGAGKCAGUGGGCGGAACGAACGUACCGACGCCGAGGCUGGACGUAAGGUUGGCGGCGACGCACGUGCGCGCCUCCGGCCCGAGGUAACGGCGGGAAGGCUCGGGGGCGAGCUUCCUGCGGCCCUGUAACCGCUUGUGUGCACCGAGGGCCAGCGAGGGGCGGGCGACUCCUGGUCCGUAGCGACGGCCACGCUGGCCGCCGUGGUGCCGCUGGCCUCCCUACAGCAUGGCUCGCGGCUGGAUCCCGCAGCAGCCCGCAAGCCGCCAGGCUCGCUGCUGCUGGCCCGAAUCCACGCCGGCGCUCCGCCCCUUGGCCUCUCCGCCGCCGCUGCUCCGCGGCUCCAUCUAGACGGGCCUGGCCCCGCGCGGUGCGCCGCUCGGUCCCGCCAGACUACAGUAAUGAGUUGGUGGCCUAGCAACCUCCAAAGUUGCCAGAACAAAGGGGAUUUGGCGAUGGAGGCUUUGUUGGAAGGAAUACAAAAUCGGGGACAUGGUGGGGCAUUCUUGACAUCCUGUGAAGCAGAACUACAAGAGCUCAUGAAACAGAUUGACAUAAUGGUGGCUCAUAAAAAAUCUGAAUGGGAGGGGCAGACACAUGCUCUAGAAACUUGCUUGGACAUCCGUGAACARGAACUUAAGACUCUCAGGAGUCAGUUGGAUAUAAAACAAAAAGAGGUUGGAUUGUUGAAGCAGCAGUUAGAAGACCAUGAAAAAAUCAAGCAAGAGAUGGCCAUGGAGUACAAGCAAGAGUUAAAGAAACUACACGAAGAAUUAGGCAGACUGAAAAGAAGCUAUGAGAAGCUGCAGAAAAAACAAAUAAGGGAUUUCAGAGGAAAUACCAAAAAUCACAGGGAAGAUCGGACUGAGAUUGAAAGGUUAACUGGAAAAAUAGAGGAAUUUCGUCAGAAAUCACUGGACUGGGAGAAGCAGCGCUUGAUUUAUCAGCAACAGGUAUCUUCUCUGGAGGCACAAAGGAAGGCUCUAGCUGAACAAUCAGAGAUAAUUCAGGCUCAGCUCAGCAAUCGGAAACAGAAAUUAGAGUCUGUAGAGCUAUCCAGCCAAUCGGAAAUUCAGCACCUGAGCAGUAAACUUGAGCGAGCCAAGGACACCAUCUGUGCCAAUGAGUUGGAAAUUGAGCGCCUUAACAUGAGGGUUAAUGACUUGGUUGGAACCAAUAUGACUAUUCUGCAGGAGCAGCKACAAAAAGAAGAAAAACUGAGGGAAUCUGAGAAACUAUUAGAGGCUCUGCAGGAUGAAAAGAGAGAAUUGAAGGCAAAUCUUCAGACUCAAGAAAAUUUCAUCCGUGAGGCAAAAAUGCAAAAGGAGAAGCUACAAGCAAAAUUAAAAGUAACUGGCACUCAACAGACACCAGAGGCCAUAAGGCCACUGGAGGAGUCCCAGGCAGAAAGAAAGUACACCCCUCAAGGGCAGGAGGACAUAGAUAGUAUGCUUUCCCAUCUGGAUUUCACCCAUGCAAGUGAAGAACUUCUGCAGGCAGAGGUGACUCGUCUUGAAGGCAGUUUGGAAUCUGUGAGUGCAACAUGUAAACAGCUGAGCCAAGAGCUAAUGGAGAAAUAUGAAGAACUAAAGAAGAUGGAAGGACAUAACAAUGAGUACAGGGCAGAGAUUAAGAAGUUGAAAGAACAGAUUUUACAGGCUGACCAGAGUUAUAGCUCUGCACUGGAAGGAAUGAAGGUAGAAAUCUCUCAGUUAACUCGGGAGCUGCAUCAGCGAGAUAUCACUAUUGCCUCUGCCAAGUGUUCUUCCUCAGACAUGGAGAAGCAACUCAAAGCAGAGAUGCAGAAGGCAGAAGAAAAAGCAGUGGAGCACAAGGAGAUUUUGAAUCAGGUGGAAUCAUUAAAGUUAGAAAAUCGUCAACUUUCUGAAAUGGUGAUGAAGUUGGAAUUGGGUUUACAUGAGGCAAAAGAGAUUUCACUAACAGACCUUCAGGAGAAUUAUAUUGAGGCAUUAAAUAAAUUAGUGUCUGAAAAUCAACAACUACAGAAAGAUUUGAUGGAUACCAAAUCUCAACUGGAGAUCGCUACUCAGAUAUGCCAAAAAAAAGACAAUAUCUUUAAGCCGACACUCUGCAGAACGACUGAGUUCAGGAAUACAGAGUUUAAGCCAGCCCUUGGCCAGCACAGACCUGAUGGAAUAAAGACUGAGCACUACAAAACAGGUUUCCACCCUGUGAGAGGAAAAGCAUCGGAUGGUGUGGACCCCAUGCCCAGGGUCCUCACCCCUUUGAGUCCUCAAGUCAGCCCCUGCAGCUCUGCAGUUUCUUUGCCUUCUUACUUUCUGUGUCAGACUAACUGUUCAGUGCUAGAUGCGAAUAAUGCCAAUUUUUCUGACACUACAUCUGACAGUCUGAAUGACCAAGAAGAAUUUAUAUCUUCGUGUUCCAUACCUGUGUCUCCCCUGGGUUCCAUAGCUACCAGGUUUUUGGAAGAGGAGGAACUGAGGUCUCAUCAUAUUCUGGAACGCCUAGAUGCCCACAUUGAAGAGUUGAAAAGAGAGAGUGAAAAGACAGUGAGACAGUUCACAACCCUAAUGUAGCCACUUAUAAGAUCACAAACUUGGAAAUAAAAGUAAACAUCRAAGAGUUACUGUCAUCUGAAGGAGCAGUUUAAAAACAUGAACAUUAUCAAGAUGAUGCUUACUAAAGCAGUGGUAAAGAAACCUGAAAAAUUGGUGCUUCUCUUAGACACUUUUACUGCACUGGUUUGUUUGAAGAACUUUCAGCAAUAACUGUGAGAAUAAAUCACUUUGCAGACUUUCUCUCAUAUGAAUAUUUAUUAUCAUAAAGUGACUUUUUUCUUGCUAACUUCAAUGUGAAUAGCUGUGCACUAAUUAAAAUAAAGAUUUCAUGAUACAUUUUGAAAAUAAAGUAGCUCGAGGAACUUCCCUUAAGGGGAGUGUGUGGUAGAAGCAUGGUUAUUAUUUGAAUAUGAGGUGUCCCCAAAACUCAGUAGACAGUAUAGCAGUAGGUGAAAUGCUUAGAUUAUGAGAACUAUAAUCAGUGGGCUGAUCUAGCUGAUGGAACAGUAAUUCGGAAGAAAAUAAGACUAGUCUUUUGUGUUCUACAGCAUCAGAAAAUACACACACACACACACAAUAAUUGGAAGGACUACUGUAUUGGAUGGUAUGUAUUGGCAGGUGGGACAUGACUGGAAGAAGAAGGUCAUAGGGGAAUGUGUAUUUGGGGUUUAUAUUUGUCCCUGGCACCUACGCUGUGACUGUUCUUUCUGCCUCCUGGCUGUCAUCACCUUACAUCAUGAUGUGCAGUCUCACCUUAGGCCCAGGGCAAUGGAGUUGGCUGACCAUGGACUGAACUCUGAAACCAUGAGCCAAAAUAAACUUUUCUUCCUCUAAAUUAUUCUUGCCAGGUAUUUUGGUCACAGGGAGAAAAAGCUCACUAAUACACAGUGGUUACAGAGUCACUGAAUCUGGAUCAAUAGAUCACUUUGCCAUGUGUAUACUGAGUCUGGCUGGAAAAGUGUGAAGGGAGAAUAGCAAAGACCUUGGCAGGGAACCAAGCUUCUUGCUCCACCCUGAAACAGAAGAGAGGUCGGGGCAGGGGCUGCCUCUGCUGAGUGGAGCUCCCUGGGACAACCAGUGGGAACAUUCAGCAUCUACAGGCUGAGGAAAGGUUCAAGUGAGAGGCAGAGGCCUGGAUGUCAACACAGGAGCAUCUGAAACCUUGAGGGUUGAUAGGAACCACCAAGGAGGGCACAGAGAGAGAAGAGCAGGUUCGGGGGAGGGCCCCCUAAAAGGCCAACAGUUGAGGAUCAUAGGAACUUCCAUCCAGCACAGGAACUUACAGUCAGGGAUGAGGAGAAGGGAAAGUGUGGUGUCCUUGCCAGCUUAAGGGCAUAGCUCCUGCCAUUCUCCCCUCUCCAGUGCAUCUUUCCCAUCAGACUGCAAUCCUGGUAUGUUUCCUCCCUUUAAAAGCAAAACUAAAAACCUCCAUUACAUGUGCUACUCUGAAGAUUUGCUCCUCUUCUUGCAGACUGUCUCAGUGACUGUCCAGUUCUUCUCCAUUCUCCUCAACCCUCUCCAACUCAUGCCCAUGCCAACCAUGAAGCUACCUUCUUACCCUUCAGUCACUGGUGACCUAAUGAGUGUGAGCAUCAUUCCACACCAUGGCCUCUGCUGGCUUCUAUACCACCUGGUGCUCUGACCCCUUUCCCUCCCUGGCCACUCCCAACUAGCUCUACUUCCCUGCCUUUUCCUUUUCUAGCCUGAAUGUCAGAGGACCCCCUAGGGCUUUGAUAGGGGUUUUCUCACUC